GCGUGCACACCACAUUGAGCCCGGAGCCAGGCACGCCCGAGCACGAGCAAGCGAGCAGGCGGAGCAGGCGAGAUCUCUCCCAAUCUUCCCACUCGAUUCGCGACACCCGGGCCCUUCCCCUCCGCCGCCCCCCUCGCCUCCCUGUCGGAAUCAAUCCCCAUCCCGAUGGCGCAAGGCACCGCGCCCUCCGCCGCCGGGGCCGCCGGCGGCGGCGGCCCCUCGGCCCCCGCUGUCUCCACUACUCCCCCGGGCACGCCCCGCGCCUCCGCGCCGCCCUCCUCCGGGGCGGUCGGGUUCCACUACGCGGUGGAGCUCUACUUCGACCCGGCGCUGGAGAACCAGGUGCUCAAGGCGUGGAACGCGCUGGCGCGGCGGCAGCUCGGCAGCCGCCUCAUCGACGCCGCCGCCCGCCCGCACCUCCCGCUGCUCCACCUCCCCGCCGCCGCACUCCCGCCGCCCGGGACCGGCGCGGGUGGGGACCCGCUCCUCCGCCUGGGGCCCUCGCUCCGGGCGCUCGCGUCCCGCCUCGACCCGCUCCCGCUCGCGCUCUCCUCGCUCGCCGCGCUCCCCGCCGCCGCCUCCUCCCCGAACGACAACGUGCUCUUCCUCGCGCCCACCCCCUCCGCCGCGCUCCUGGGCCUCCACGCGCAGCUCUGCGAGCUGCUGCGGAAGGACGCGGGUGUCGAGGUCCCCGACGCGUUCCGGCCGGACCACUGGGUCCCGCGAUGCGCCGUCGCCGUUGACGUGCCCCGCGGCCGCAUGGCCGAGGCCUUCUGCGUGCUCCGAGAGCUCAAGCUGCUCCCCGUCUCCGGGUACGGGAUGGAAAUCGCGCUCGUCGAGGUCGGCGCUGCGGUUAGAGAGCUCGUGUCCUACCCGCUCGGCGGCAGUGGUGGAGCUGGAGCCGACUGAGAGGUGCUGUUGUAUUUUGUAAAAUAUCUAGAACAUCAUGGAUGGACAAUCAUAUUUAACAAGGACGACAUAGUGAUAAUGUGGCAUUUGCACGUCCAAUUUGCCUUCUUUGGAGGAACUACAUUUGGAAGAAGGCUAGAACAUACUGUAUCCUAACACAUACAGUAUUUUGUUUGAUCAUUUCUUUAAUCUUUUGGUUGAUAAUGUAUUUGAUGUUCCUCCAUUGUAGACACUUCACAUAGUGUAUCACUUGUCCUGAAGUUUACUGUAAGGAAUGUUGUUAGUUAUUGUGUUCGUGUGCCCUGAACCACCUGUGCUCUCCGUUCUUUCGCCCACCAGAUUUGCGUUACAUGUAUGUUCUGUGCUUGAAGCCUUUUUUGUUAACAUUUUUGGAAAUAGGCUGCAAUCCUGAUGUUCGGCCUUGUCAGGAGAACCCGUUCUGUAUAGAAUUCCAAGUUACAUUUUUUUAUUGUAAUCGGUUAGUGUACCAACUCUGGUAGUUCGAUGA